GGGAAACCCAGCCCCGCGCUUGUCCGCAGGGCCACCGGUCGCCCCCGCCUUUGGGACCUGCGGGGAGGGCCCGCGCGAGGCCCAGCAUCAUUUGGAGCAUGAACUGCCUCUCUCCAGCUCUGUACCACAUACAUGCUACCAUUUGGAAAGAUGGAGAUAUGAGAUCUGGACUUCUGAAUUCUACCAGAAAAUAUCAAAUGCUCAAGCCCUUCAGAAGGCUGGGCGGUCAGAGCUGAACUGAAGUGAGAGAGAAGAGAUGCUGGCCUGACGGGGAGUCCCAGGCAUGCAGUAGAGCCUGACCAGGGGAAAUGUCAGCUCGGACCAUGGGCGCCCGCGGUCUGGACAAGCGAGGAAGCUUCUUUAAGCUCAUUGACACAAUCGCUUCAGAGAUCGGCCAACUGAAACAAGAGAUGGUGCAGCCAGAUGUCAGCCUGGAAAAUGGCCUGGAACCUUCUGAAACCCACAGCAUGGUAAGACACAAGGAUGAUGGUUAUUCAGAGGAGAAAGAUGUAAAGACCUGUCCCCGGGACUCUGGCUAUGACAGCCUCUCCAACAGGCUCAGCAUCUUGGACCGGCUUCUGCACACCCACCCCAUAUGGCUGCAGCUGAGUCUGAGUGAGGAGGAGGCAGCAGAAAUCCUGCAGUCCCAGCCUCCAGGGAUCUUUCUGGUUCGUAAAUCUACCAAAAUGCAGAAGAAGGUCCUCUCCCUUCGCCUGCCCUGUGAAUUUGGAGCCCCACUCAAGGAGUUUGCCAUAAAGGAAAGCACAUACACCUUUUCCCUGGAAGGCUCAGGAAUCAGUUUUGCGGAUUUAUUCCGGCUCAUUGCUUUCUACUGCAUCAGCAGGGAUGUGCUGCCGUUCACCUUGAAGUUGCCUUAUGCCAUUUCAACAGCCAAGACUGAGGCUCAGCUUGAAGAACUAGCCCAGCUGGGACUAAAUUUUUGGAGCUCCUCAGCUGACAACAAACCCCCAAACCCUCCACCUCCCCAUAGGCCUCUCUCCUCCGACCACAUCUGCCCUGCCUCCUUGCGUCAGCUCUGCCUUAUAAAUGGAGUGCAUUCUAUAAAAACCAGGACGCCUUCGGAGCUGGAGUGCAGCCAGACCAACGGAGCCUUGUGUUUUAUUAAUCCUCUUUUCUUGAAAGUGCACAGCCAGGACCUCAGUGGAGGCCUGAAGCGGCCGAGUACAAGGACUCCCAACGCGAAUGGCACCGAGAGGCCUCGGUCCCCCCCACCCAGGCCCCCGCCACCCGCUAUUAAUAGUCUCUAUACAAGCCCUCGGCUGUCCAGGACUGAAACCCAAACGAGCAUGCCAGAAACAGUCAACCAUAACAAACAUGGGAACGUAGCUCAGCUUGGAAGAAAACCAACUCCCAUCCCUCCACCCCGCCUGAAGAAGCAGGCUUCUUUUCUGGAAGCGGAAGGCAGCGCAAAGACCUUGACCGCCAGUCGGCCGGGCCUGAGCCGGGAACUGGAGCUGGGCACAGCUGGCAGUGCAGGUGGAGCCCCGCCUGAGGACGUCCCCGGGGAUUGCACAAGGGCCCAGCCUCCCAGCUCUGAAUCACCACGGCCCCCGUGCCAUGGAGGCAGGCAGAGGCUGAGCGACAUGAGCAUUUCCACUUCCUCCUCUGACUCGCUGGAGUUCGACCGGAGCAUGCCUCUGUAUGGCUACGAGGCGGACACCAACAGCAGCCUGGAGGACUAUGAAGAGAGCGACCAGGAGACCAUGGCUCCCCCCAUCAAGUCCAAAAAGAAAAGGAACAGCUCCUUUGUGCUGCCCAAGCUCGUCAAGUCCCAGCUUCGAAAGAUGAGCGGGGUGUUCAGUUCCUUUAUGACCCCCGAGAAGAGGAUGGUCCGCAGGAUCGCUGAGCUGUCCCGGGACAAAUGCACCUAUUUCGGGUGCCUGGUGCAAGACUACGUGAGCUUCCUGCAGGAAAACAAGGAAUGCCACGUGUCCAGCACUGACAUGCUGCAGACCAUCCGGCAGUUCAUGACCCAGGUCAAGAACUAUUUGUCUCAGAGCUCCGAGCUGGACCCCCCCAUUGAAUCGCUGAUCCCAGAAGACCAAAUUGAUGUGGUGUUGGAAAAAGCCAUGCACAAGUGUAUCUUGAAGCCCCUCAAGGGGCACGUGGAGGCCAUGCUGAAGGACUUCCACAUGGCCGACGGCUCAUGGAAACAACUCAAGGAGAACCUGCAACUCGUUCGACAGAGGAAUCCACAGGAGCUGGGGGUCUUUGCCCCCACCCCUGACUUGGUGGAUGUGGAGAAAAUUAAAGUCAAAUUCAUGACCAUGCAGAAGAUGUAUUCGCCAGAAAAGAAGGUCAUGCUGCUGCUGAGGGUGUGCAAGCUCAUUUACACUGUCAUGGAGAACAACUCAGGGAGGAUGUAUGGCGCUGAUGACUUCUUGCCAGUCCUGACCUAUGUCAUAGCUCAGUGUGACAUGCUUGAAUUAGACACUGAAAUUGAAUAUAUGAUGGAGCUCCUAGACCCAUCGUUGUUACAUGGAGAAGGAGGCUAUUACUUGACAAGUGCCUACGGAGCACUCUCUCUGAUAAAGAAUUUCCAAGAAGAACAAGCAGCACGACUGCUCAGCUCAGAGACCAGGGACACCCUGAGGCAGUGGCACAAACGGAGAACCACCAACCGGACCAUCCCUUCCGUGGAUGACUUCCAGAAUUACCUCCGAGUUGCAUUCCAAGAGUUCAACAGUGGCUGCACAGGAAAGACCCUCCUCGUGAGACCCUAUAUCACCACCGAGGACGUGUGUCACCUCUGUGCUGAGAAGUUUAAGGUGGAGGACCCUGAGGAGUACAGCCUCUUUCUCUUUGUUGAUGAAACGUGGCAGCAGCUGGCAGAAGACACUUACCCUCAAAAAAUCAAGGCUGAGCUUCACAGCCGGCCACAACCCCACAUCUUUCACUUUGUGUACAAGCGCAUCAAGAAUGAUUCUUAUGGUGUCAUUUUCCAGAAUGAGGAAGACCUCACCCCCUCAUAGAAGGCAUGCAGGAUUUCCCAUUGGUGCCUCCAAAGGGAGCUAGGAAUCUGACCUUCUGGCUGCCACAUGCUUGUGCUUGGAAUUCAGUCACCUUCUUGAAGACCCCUCAGUUCAGUGACUAAGUUGUCCACAGGCUGACUUGGUCAAGGGCAUUGUUAGGCACAUUGCCAGGCAAGGUACCUGAGAUCCAUGAAACAGUGAGCAUCUCCUCCAGCAAUGGAGAAUUGCAUUUUGAUGGUUCAAGUAUCCUGAUAUUGUUUGCUGCCUGCUCCUAGCCAGGUUCUAGGUCGGCUUACAUAUAUGUAUAUGUGCUGAAUAAACAUUUAAGGUACAAGCUCUUCUCUUGAACCCAACAGCAGGUGUUUGACAAGACUGCCCAGUGCAGUGCGUCAGGUACUUCUCUGUUCUGUGGAUGGUUCCAUCCC